AUGGCGCUCCUCUCCUCGGCCGCAGCCUCGUGCUGCAGCCAGCUCCUGUCCUCCCUUGGUGCGUCCCAGGUGUCCUUUCCCAACAGCACGGUCUACAUCGCGGCCCAGUCGUCGUACUGGUCGAUCCAAGAAUCGUCGCUGAUCCCGACCUGCAUCGUCAGCCCGAUGUCGGCGCAGUCCGUGUCGACGGCCGUCUCCAUCCUGUCGGACGGCGAGUGCGCGUUCGCCAUCCGCGGCCAGACCCACGCGCCCGCCGCGGGCUUCGCCAACAUCGCCGGCGGCGUCACGCUCGACAUAACCAGCCUCGCGAACGUGUCCCUCAGCCCCGACCGCAGCGUUGUGUCCGUGGGCGCGGGUGCCUCCUGGCUCUCCGUCUACGCGUACCUUGACCAAUUCAACCUCAGCGUCGCGGGCGGGCGCAACGGCGCUGUGGGUGUCGGUGGGCUGACGCUGGGCGGCGGCAUCUCGCACUUCACGGCCCGCGUGGGCUGGGUGUGCGACAACGUGGUCAAUUUCGAAGCCGUGCUCGCAUCGGGGGCCGUCGUCGACGCCAACGCCACCUCGCAUCCGCUGCUCUUCCGCGCCCUGAAGGGUGGCGGCAACAAUUUCGCCGUCGUGACGCGCUUCGACCUGGCCACCUUCCCGCAGGGCGACGUCUCGGUCACGACACUGAGUUACGACAUCGUCGAGCGGGACAGCGUCUUCGGCGCCUUCACCAACUUGACCACCGCCUCGCCCUUUGACACCAACGUCUCCCUCGUCAUGGGCCUCUUGUUCAACGCCACGAGCAAAGCCUGGACGCUGAGCAACUCGGCGGUGUACACAGCACCAAACCCUGAUCCGCCAGCGUUUCGCCCGCUGAAAGCCAUUCCUCACCUGUCAGACACGACGGAAUUGACGAAUCUAUCCACGUUUGCGAACGAAAGCGCGACGCCGCCUUUGAACUGGCUCUUCUGGACAGGCACGUAUGCCGCCUCGGCCUCGCUGAUGUCCCAGUCAUUUGACAUUCUUAACACCAGCCUCUACAACUUCACCGUCCCCGGCGGCGUGGUGUGGAGUGUCGCCUUCGAGCCCUUUCCGACAAUCAUUUCGUCGUACGCCGCCACCAAGGGAGGAAACUCACUUGGCACGUCGCCCGCCGAUGGGAACGGAUAUAUCCUCCUCAUCUCGGCGCUGUGGCCGAAUAGCUCGGCCAACAGCCUCGUCUAUCAGACCGCGCGGUCGGCCGGUGCACAAAUCGACGCCCUCGCCGCGGUGAGGGGUCAGCUGCACCGGUUCCAGUACCUCAACUACGCGGAUCCGACACAAAGUCCCUUGCAGAGUUAUGGGGCGGCGAACGUCGCAAGACUGAAGCAGGCAAGCCGGCAGUAUGAUCCGGAUGGCGUCUUCCAGACAUUCGUGCCGGGUGGUUUUAAAUUGUCGUGA